GAGCGCGCGCACGCGCCGGCGGCGGGCGGAGAAGGAGGUGCCGCCCCGCCCCGCAGGAAACGGUGCCGCCCGGGCCCCGCUCUGCGAGAGGGCGGGGGAGGGAUUGUGAGAGGGAUCGUGAGGGGGAUCGUGAGGGAAGCGUCGUUUUUCUCCGUUCGUCCACCCUGGGACGCCGUCGGGCCCCGCGGCGUGAGGGCACCGGCCGGGAGUUAGGAGUGGGACAGACCCCUUCCUUACACCCGCCCCGUCCAUCCGAGGCGAGAGCGCUUUCGGCGGACAGUGGGGUAAUCGCUCCCUCCUGCCCGGCGUGAAGCCACUGCCCCCUUUCAACGGGAGCCGGGAUCACUUCAUCGCCCCUCUUGAGACUGUGUCCUCUGCCCUGUCCGCCGCCGCCGAGCCGUCUGUCCCGAGGAGGGAGCCCGGCACUUGUUGCUGACGCGAUGGUCACCGGCCCGGCCGAGUAGACAGGGACCGCCAAAGCCGCCGCGGGAGGAGAUCGCUGCGGCUGGUGUCGAGGGCCCGGCCCCUCUGGGGCUCCCGGGUGAUCUCGGGGUGGUGUUUCCUCUUAACGCGUGGCGGUGACGGAGGACUUGCUUCGGCCCUCGAGGGGAUCGCGCUCGCAGGACCGCCCGCCCCGGAUGGUCACGGCGCGCUGAGGGGGCAUCAACAGACGCCGCCCGCCCCCUCCGUCCUCCUGGUCGUCUCUAGGCUGGUCUCCCUCGGCAGGAAGAAAAAUGUCCUUCUUCAACUUUCGUAAGAUCUUCAAGCUGGGUGGUGAGAAGAAGAAGAAACAAUACGAGCACGUCAAGAGGGAUUUGAACCCUGAGGAGUUCUGGGAAAUUAUAGGAGAGCUGGGAGAUGGUGCUUUCGGUAAAGUGUUCAAGGCUCAGAACAAAGAAACAAAAGUGCUGGCUGCUGCAAAGGUGAUUGAUACUAAAUCAGAAGAAGAACUUGAGGAUUACAUGGUUGAGAUUGAUAUUUUAGCAUCUUGUGAUCAUCCUAAUAUUGUUAAACUCCUGGAUGCUUUUUACUAUGAAAACAAUCUGUGGAUCCUGAUCGAAUUUUGUGCAGGUGGAGCAGUAGAUGCAGUCAUGUUGGAGCUUGAAAGGCCAUUAACAGAGCCACAGAUCAAAGUGGUGUGCAGGCAGACACUGGAAGCAUUGAACUACUUGCAUGAAAAUAAGAUCAUCCACAGAGAUCUAAAAGCUGGCAAUAUUCUUUUCACGUUAGACGGAGACAUUAAACUAGCGGAUUUUGGAGUAUCAGCUAAGAACACAAGAACAAUACAAAGAAGAGAUUCUUUUAUUGGUACACCAUAUUGGAUGGCUCCAGAAGUAGUAAUGUGUGAGACCUCUAAAGACAGGCCUUAUGAUUACAAGGCAGAUAUUUGGUCUCUUGGCAUUACUUUGAUAGAAAUGGCUCAAAUAGAGCCACCUCAUCACGAACUAAAUCCUAUGCGUGUGCUUCUGAAAAUAGCAAAAUCUGAUCCACCUACAUUAGCACAGCCUUCAAAGUGGUCAGCAGACUUUAAAGAUUUUCUGAAGAAAUGUUUGGAGAAGAAUGUGGAUGCAAGGUGGAGUGCAACUCAGCUUCUACAGCACCCAUUUGUUACUGUUACUUCAAAUAAACCAAUAAGAGAACUCAUUGCAGAAGCUAAAGCUGAAGUUACAGAAGAAGUUGAAGAUGGUAAAGAUGAGGAUGAAGAAGAGGAAACAGAUAACUCUCUGCAGCUGCCUGCAGAGAAGCGUGCGUCCUCUGACCUUAGUAUUGCCAGCUCUGAAGAGGAUAAACUUUCACAGAAUGCCUCUGUUUUGGAAUCGCUCUCUGAGAAAACAGAAAGCAGUGCAAUUGAGGACAAGGCCAGCACUAUACUUCCACAUGACAAAACAACUGGAGAUGAAUCUGAGGACACUAAAUUUAAGAAACCAGCUGAUAACAUAUGCGAUGCUACUGCUGGUGAUAUAAAAGUGCAGAACGGUUCCGUGCCAACUGGUGGAGAUGAGCAUGGCAAAAUUGUUCCCGAGGAAAAGGAUACAGAAAGCCUGGAAAAACAACAUGAAGAUACAGAACCCCAGAAAGAAGGGAAAGAAACUGAUGUGGUAGCAAAAUCAGAAAUACAGGAUGAACCCAACCUGCAAAUAGUGAAAGAAAAUGACUUGAGAAAUGAAGAGGCAGGAGAUAAUAAACUAAAAAUAGUACCUGCAGCUGAAAAUAGUCUAGAAACUGAAACAAUUUCUAAGGAAACUGGUGAAAAAGAAGAGAACAGCAUAGAUCUCUCAGAAAAUAAGGAAGAACAGGUCCCUGCAGAAAACACUACAGAGCAAAAGGAAGAUAAAGCUGAAGCAGAGAAAGAGGUGAUAACAGACACCGCUACAGAAACUGUGCCUAAUGCUGCAGAUAAAAGGGCUGAUGAAGAAAAGGAACCAAUAAAGCAUGGAAUUGACAACAUUAAGGAGAGAGGUGAUAUUGCUGAAACACGGAUCAGUGAUGGGGAUAAAAUACCUGAGACUGUGGAUAAGCCAGUGGAAAGUCAGGUUAAGCAGGUCCAUGAGAUAAUCAGCUCUGAAGAAACUCUAUCGGAAAGCCAAGAUAAAGCGAUCAAGGUAGACAAGAAACUGGCAGAAAGUGAAAAUGAGGAUAUUAGUCAUAUAAGCAGCAUGGAAGAAGCAGAAAUAAAAGACUCUGGAAAAGAUGAGGUAGACCAGAAGGUAAUACAGAGCAAGGCUGAGGAUAUUUCUGGUGACGUGGUGGAUAAACCGGCCGAUACGGACCAACAUUCAGAAGAGCGUGGAGCUGAGAAUAUCCAGGAGAACAACAUUCAGAUAGACAAGGAGCAUUUGGAAAUGACUUCUGAUGAAAUGACGAAGAAUAAGCUUCAGGAUACUGUCAGUGAGCACGCUGAUGACUCUGAAGUCACACCAGUCCCCAGUAUUAGUAUUAGCACUGAAGAAAAUCAUGAGAAAGUCAAAACAGAGAAUCGAGACAACACCGAAACUUUGCAGCAGCUAGAAGCGGAAAGUGUGAAGGAAAACGAUGCGGAUUCAGGCACUGGUUCUACGGCUGAUAACAGCAGCAUUGAUUUGAACUUGUCAAUUUCCAGUUUCCUUAGUAAAAACAAAGAGACAGGAUCAAUAUCUUUGCAGGAAACCAGAAGACAGAAGAAAACGUUAAAGAAAACGCGGAAGUUUGUUGUAGAUGGAGUAGAAGUGAGCGUAACCACAUCAAAAAUAGUCACUGAGAAUGACUCCAAAAGCGAAGAAAUGCGGUUUCUACGACGUCAAGAGCUAAGAGAGCUGCGGCUUCUUCAGAAAGAAGAGCAGAGAGCCCAACAGCAACUCAGUAAUAAGCUUUUACAGCAGCGAGAGCAGAUCUACAGACGUUUUGAACAGGAAAUGACAAGUAAAAAGCGACAGUAUGACCAAGAAAUAGAAAAUCUGGAAAAGCAGCAGAAGCAGACAAUAGAGCGCUUGGAACAGGAGCACACAAACCGCUUACGAGAUGAAGCAAAACGCAUCAAAGCAGAACAGGAGAAGGAAUUGUCCAAAUUCCAGAACAUGCUGAAGAACAAGAAAAAAGAGGUUUUAUGUGAAGUGGAGAAAGCACCAAAAGAGCUGAGAAAAGAGCUCAUGAAACGCAAGAAAGAGGAGCUUGCACAAAGCCAGCAUGCUCAGGAGCAGGAAUUUGUGCAGAAACAGCAACAGGAACUGGAUGCAUCUCUGAAGAAGAUUAUUCAGCAGCAGAAGACAGAACUAGCCACUAUUGAGCGAGAUUGCCUCAACAACAAACAGCAGCUCAUGAGAGCUCGUGAAGCUGCAAUCUGGGAGCUGGAAGAGCGACACCUACAAGAGAAGCACCAGCUCCUCAAACAGCAACUCAAAGAUCAGUACUUCAUGCAGAGACAUCAGCUGCUGAAGAGGCAUGAAAAAGAAACAGAGCAAAUGCAGAGAUACAAUCAGCGCCUGAUCGAGGAGCUGAAGAACAAGCACACGCAAGAGAGAGCCAGGCUGCCCAAGAUCCAGCGGAGCGAGGCCAAGACUCGCAUGGCUAUGUUUAAGAAAAGUUUAAGAAUCAAUUCAUUAGCCUCUCCAGACCAGGAUCGUGAGAAAAUUAAGCAGUUUGCUAUUCAAGAAGAAAAGAGACAGAAAAAUGAGAGACUGGCUCAGCAUCAGAAGCACGAAAACCAAAUGCGGGACCUUCAGUUGCAGUGUGAAGCAAACAUCAGAGAACUGCAUCAGUUACAGAAUGAAAAAUGCCAUCUACUGGUUGAGCACGAGACUCAGAAGCUAAAAGAGCUGGAUGAAGAGCACAGCCAGGAGCUGAAGGAAUGGAGAGAGAAAUUGAGACCAAGGAAAAAGACCCUGGAGGAAGAAUUUGCCAGAAAACUGCAGGAACAAGAGGUUUUCUUUAAAAUGACUGGAGAGUCCGAAUGCCUUAACCCUUCCACACAAAGCCGGAUUUCCAAGUUCUACCCAAUCCCCAGCCUUCACUCCACUGGCUCCUAACUCUGGGAACUGCUGUUAGGGUUGUUGGGGUUUUUUUCCAUAAUGGAAUUCUCCAUCCUCACUGUCUAACCUGACUUGAUCUGUGGUGUACAUCAAAGGACCUAGCGCUUUCUGUUUUCAGUGGAGACAAUCAGUGUCACGAUCGGUUUCUUCGCUUCCCUGAAGGGCAGGACAAAGUCGCUGCUGUACAACGGUGACGUGGUGUCCGUCAGAUGUUUCAAGACCAAGCAAGGGGUUUUCUCUCGGUCUCAAAAAGUGUGUUACCUAUGGGUUUGACUUUCAGCCUGAAAUACCAAUUAUACUCUUUCUGAUCACCCAAAAAACCCAUCAUGAAGCUUCUGGUGUGACCAUUUAAACGGUGUAAUGUUAGUUCUGCUGCUGGGGUUUUAAGUGUCUGACUUCUCCACGAGGGAAUUCCACAACUCAGAACUGCUGGGAGGGGUUUAAAUUUCUGUAAGGUUGAAGAGCUUCCUGGUAGCCAGGACUGAAGCUAAUCACUCAGAACAUGCCAAUAAGCACAAAAAUAACCCCUGAUGUUUAUAAACAGGGUCGGUAACAGCGAAAGCCUUUGCGACCUCUCUAGAAAGAAACCUCUGGCAUAAAUGAAGCUGAACUGAUCUCCAUGACCUAUUUUGUCCAUCAGUUCCAUAACGAAACGGGGGUGCUAGUUUGAUUACUACAGUGCCUGAAACACUUAGAUAGGCUAAUCCUGGCAACAGGGUGGUGUUUUGUCGCUCAGAAGGAACACAACUCCUUGGCGUUGUCGUUACUGUACAAACCCAGAAGAUUUCUUGCUGCUACUGCCAUUUUUUUUUGUUGUAAAAUCCUCACCCUAAAAUAUUUUGCACUAAAAAUAUGUAAAGGUGAAAGAAAUGCUAACUUUUAAGAUGCACAGUUUAUUAUCCUCCUUAGGUGUUACAGGUGGGUUAGUUCUACAAAUUGAACAGCCGUAGAAUGUAUUUUGCUAGGAAGCAGCCUGGUUUCUCUAACUGUCCCUGCAAUGGGUGGAGCCAUUUUUCUGUCCUUACCAAAGCCUGUUCAUUUGAACUCCUUCAGAAGAGUGGAGCUGGGUGGUCAUAUUUAUAAGCAACCAUGGCUAACAUCUGAUUGGAUUGGAAGUGGUAGAUUGGAUUUUCUAUUCUUUUUUUUCCUUUGGGUUUUUUUUUUUUCCCCUUUUACUCCUUCUAUUUUACAGAAAGAUUUAAGUUAACUCUAUAGACAAACUCCUUUAUGAAGCUGGGGUUUCAUGCUUUUGUGCUGCCAUGUACUAACACAGGAGGGGUUUAUUUUGCAAGUUCAUAGAUGUACAAUAAGUUACAUGCCUGACUGACCUGCAGUGGAAAAAAAGUCUGAACUUCUUCUGGUGUAGCUGGUAGGGAAAUGCAACUGUAUGAGGUCACUUUUACUGCACUCCUUUUGCUGGCUGGGUUUGAGUCGUAUCAAGACAGUAUUACAGGCUGGACUUGGGUAUGCUGGAGUUCAAUUUGUACAAAGCUCUUUGCUUUCUGUCAUUUGAGGCCUGACUUUGUGGCCUCUUUGGUUAUCAGCUGUAAAGGUUUUGUUUUGCUGGCUUGCAUUAAGUGUGUGGCUGGUGCCCCAGUACACGACGUUCAUUUCAUGGGAGCAGUAUUCAUGCAUGGGAAUGAACUCCUUAAUUAACACAGGACUUCACUCAGAUGUGGUUGAAAUCUUGGAUGCUGAAAUCCUUGGACCAUGAACUGAUACCUUCUCAAUGAAGACACUUAAUUUACAGCACAGUUAAAACAAAAA